UCAAAUGUCCUCAUCCUUUUCGUUGGCAAUUUUUUAUUAUCUUGGUAUAAAAUAAAAUAACGAAAUUGCUCCAAUUUUUCCUCUUUUUUCUCUCCAAUUAACCACCCAAUUGAACCAAAUACUCUUCAAAUUUCUCUCCUUUUCCUUCAAUUUGGGGUAAAUGGCGAGGAGUUCUUUUAAGUUAGAACAUGAACUUGAGAAUAGGCGUGCGGAGGCCGCGAGGAUCAGGGAGAAGUACCCAGAUAGAAUCCCUGUGAUUGUGGAGAAGUCAGAACGAAGUGAUAUUCCCAGCAUCGACAAGAAAAAGUAUUUGGUCCCUGCCGACUUGACAGUUGGGCAGUUCGUCUACGUCAUUCGCAAGAGAAUCAAGUUAAGCGCGGAGAAGGCCAUUUUCAUUUUCGUCGAUAAUGUGCUGCCGCCUACCGGAGCUAUAAUGUCGAUGAUAUACGACGAGAAGAAAGACGAAGACGGAUUUCUUUACGUCACGUACAGUGGGGAGAACACAUUCGGUUUCGAAGGUUUCGCUUUAACUUAGACUUUGAGCAGGCACUCGAAGCCAUACUAACGAGAUCUCAACCAUCGACGGCAUUUCAUGUUGCGUGAGUUAUGUUUUGCCAUAUAUUAAGUUUGUGAAGUUACCUUCUGUAUAUAGUUUAUCAUGCAGUUUAUGCGAAGAUCGAAACUCGAAAAUGAUGUUGAUUAGAUCAAAACUGAGUCGGGCUCGAAAAGUUGAAACCUGUGUGGAAUAUUCUUGGUUUGUGUGGUUUGGAUUUGACGGCAACGCCGCAUCAGUUUUACGUCAGUGGCAGUCGAUGGUGUGGUAGCGAUGAGAAUACCACCUCGUCAGCGUUCCGUCAGCAGAGCUCGAUCGGCAGAGCUUUGAUUGUAAUAAUUCAGAAAGUUUGAACUGGAAAUGAUGGUAAGUUAGAGCUCGACGAUCUGAGUGCCGCUUGCCCAAUUGUUUGAGGAUCAUCUGGCGCGAUUUUCGCCUUUUGCAAAAAUACCAAGUUCUUAUCUUAUCUGAUCAAUUUAUUCCGAAGUCGAAUCCAAUGUUGAUAGCAGGGAAUAAGAUUCUUGCAUGCAAUUAAGCAAGCUUUAUCAGCCUGAAAGAAGUUGUUGUUGUU